AUGGGACAUGUCGAAAUUCCGGGCUGGAACGUCUCCGCACCUCUUGCGGUGCAGGUCGAAAAGGUCAAGCCCAAAGAUCCCCCCGAGGGCAGGAAGAGCAAAAAGAGAAAGAGGAACCAGCAGAACCAAGAACAAGAGCAGGUCGACCAGCAGAAUGUAGGCGAUUACUGGGAGAAAAUCGUCGAGGGCAAAGACGAGAAGCCCAAGGACGCUACUGUUCCUGCGGAGGAGCAAGAAUCGAAGAAAGAUGUCGACGAGGAUGCCACGGAUAAGAAGGCAAAGAAGAGGAAGAGGAAGGGGGACAAGACGAAAGAAGCUCAGGAUGACGCCGAGGCUACAAUUGAAGACACAACAAGCAAAUCUUCCAAACGCGAUAAAAAGAAACAGAAGAAAGAAGACAAAUCGUCGACCACGGAAUCUACAUCCAAACCCUCCCAAUCGACCGAAAUCAUACCCGCGACCUCAUCAUCCCUCUUCCCCGAGCCCAAAGGCCUCACGCCCCUCCAGCGCUCCAUGCGCGCAAAGCUCACCAGCGCGCGCUUCCGCCACCUCAACGAAUCCCUCUACACCAAGCCCUCCGCCGAGUCCCUCUCGAUCUUCACCUCCAGUCCCGAAAUGUUCGAAGACUACCACCGCGGCUUCGCCCAGCAGGUCGAAGUGUGGCCUGAGAACCCCGUCGACAACUACGUCGCCGCGAUCUCCAGCCGCGCCAAACUGCGCCCCGAUAACCGCAAAGGCGGACGCCAGAGCGGCCCAGGAGGCGGAAAACCUCAAUUCGAGUCCCUCGCCAGCAAACCCUUACCCCGCAACUUCAAGGGCCACUGCACGAUCGCCGACCUAGGCUGCGGCGUAGCCUCCCUCUCGCACCGUCUCCAACCCUCCCUCCGAACCCUCAACCUCAGCAUCCACUCCUUCGACCUCUCGCAGCCGACAGGCCCCACCAAGGACCUCGUGACCGUCGCCGACAUCUCCAAGCUGCCCCUGCAGGACGGCAGCGUGGACGUCGCAAUCUUCUGCCUCGCGCUCAUGGGCACCAACUGGCUCGACUUCAUCGACGAAGCCUGGCGCAUCCUCCGCUGGCGCGGCGAACUCUGGGUCUCGGAGAUAAAAUCCCGCUUCGGCCGCGUCUCCUCCUCUAAGUCCCGCUCCAUCCCCAUCAACUCCAUCGGCAGCCUCCACAAGUCCACCCAACCACCCAAAAAGCCCACCAAGAAGGGCAAAGGCAGCGAGAAAGUCAAGCCCGACGAAGAAGGCAUCCAAGACUCGUCCGACGAAGCGGAGCUCGCGUCCCGCGUGGACGGCGCCGUCGACAACAGGGAAGGCACCGACGUGUCCGCCUUCGUCGAGGUGCUGCGGUCCCGCGGCUUCGUGCUCGACGCGCUGCCCGAGCGCCCCAACGACGCUAUCGACCUUUCCAACAAGAUGUUCGUCAAGAUGCAGUUCACCAAGUCGGCCCCGCCGUCUAAAGGCAAGAACGUCGAUCACGAACGCUUGAACCAGAACAACAAGCGGUUUGACAACAAACAGGGGCAGGGGUUGAGGAUGGGACUCAAGGGUAAGAAGUUCUCCGCCAUCACUACUGACGCCGGGGAUGAUGACGCGGGCGCUGCGGACGAGAACGACGGGAAGGUGCUUAAGCCGUGCUUGUACAAGAUCAGGUAG